AAACCCGAAUAAUAAUAAUAACGUGCCCAUUGGUCCCCUUGACACGACGCCGUCGCCGCACGUCGCCGUUCGUCUCCUCCUUUGAUAAACAGAGAGGCUCCAAGCCUUAUAUAUCUCCCGAUUCCCACCAAAAUCAAACGCAGUACAAGGACGAUUCUCGCCGGAGAUUUCAAUUGUAUCACGAUUCAAUUUUUCCAUUGCAAGGCCAAGGUUCGAUUUCCUAAUCUUUUUUUCUAACGAGCGCCGGUGACGAUUUAGGGUUUUAGGAUGAUCGUGUUCAAUGCUUGAUGAAUCAAUCUACACCCAAAGAGAAAGUGAAACAUUGUGUUCAAUGGGUGAUGAGAAUCUUUCUGACAAGCCUCUGGAUGAGAAGGUUUCAUUGGAUUUGACUUGUGGUAAGGAGGAGAUUUUGGAAGAGCUUAGGAUUUGUUUACCUAAAUGGGUUACACAAGACCAAGUAACAGAUAUGAUUAGAGGGACAUGUAGGAAUAUAGUCGAAAUUGUUGAUAAUUUUUACGAGCACGAGACUAAAUUCUAUGAGCAAGUCUCUGCUGUUAUAUCUUUCACUUCUAGAGAUGGGAUUAGUUCGUGCAACCACGAAGCACUUGUUUCGAAACUGGAGUUUGUUCAGUGUGAAACCGAGCGGAGUGAAAGUUGUCAGCCAUCGCAGUUUCACAAGCUUAAGAGCAUGAGUAGUUCUCAGAAGAGCAGCAUUUCUCCUGUGAAGAGGAACAGAAAGAUAAAAGGUAAACCAAAGAAGAAAGGAAAAGCUUGUUCUAAGGUUGAAUCUGUAGGCCCAAAGCAAGCUUCAAUAACUAAAUUCUUCAACAAAGUUCCUUCAGAUGAAACCAAGGUUUAGGAGGCUAAAGAAGUGUAUUUCUGCCAAUGCUAAUAGAGGGAUGAGCUGUUGCUUGAUAUCAACGGAUACUACCGCAUUGAUACUACAGCUGAGCGAGAAUGUUGGAAGAUUGGACUUUGCUUACUCAUAUACAGAAUGGCAAGCCAACUGUGAAUCUUGGAGUUACAAUUGGCUCAUCGUCAUGGCAACUAUGACCGAAAGAUCUUGCCCUGGGACAUUUUUUGCAAUGUAAGAAGCUCAAUGUUUUGUCUACGUUUGCCUCAUUGAGAAAGCUGUAAUCAUAUAUGCAUACAUUGUCAUUUAGUUGCAGAUUUAUCAAGUUUUUGACUCGGUGUUGAUUCCAAAGAGCAUUGCAUUUAUGUUUGAAUGUUAUCUGA